AUGCAACAGCUGCCUUCGCAAGAAGUAGGCGCUCCGAUCCCCAACAACACAGCCCAUGCUAUCUCUGUGACGUUACCUACGUGGGAAGCCACCGUUGGCUAUGAAGAAGGCGAGGAAUGGGUCACCAGUAAGAUGCAUUCUGGGUACCCGAGAUUCUUUAUCCAUGGAAUCAUUCAGGAUCUUGCUAGAGCUAUCGAGUCUAAGUACGGUAGAGAAGGUGAGAAAUGCAUGAUUUUUCCCUCAUACAACACUGCCAAAAGGUGUCGAGAAUUCAUCAAGGCGAAGACAGAAACGCCAAAUGUGCUGGUGAGAGUUUUGCGGUUGAGAACCCCAGCUCCUACUACGGAGUUUGAGAAAUCGUCAGUUGUGGAGUCGGAAAUCGGCAUUGUGCUUUUUUCUGCCUCAGAGUUCCCUUUGGCCAAACAGUACUGGCAGCAUUCUGGUGAGGGCAUCUCAUCAAGAAUGGCCGAGUACGUCUUGAGAGAGUUGUUUCAGAAUGAAGAAAAGGAUCAGGCGAGAUUGAGAUCGAGAAACAAGCAGGAGCUUCAAGCACAGAGUAUACAGAAGAAAAGUCCUUCGAUUACUGCAUCGAUCAGAUCGAACUCUAGAGGUCAGAACGAGGAAGCCGAUAAGGAGUUCAACACAUUUAUCGAGCAAAAAUAUGGUCGUGUCCUCGAUCUCAAAUUUGCAAAAGAAGCCAAGUUGGCGUUGAGAAGACGUAUAUGCGGUAAGGCCGACAAAUCGCACAAUCAGGAAGAGGAAAUGGAUAAGGCGAGACGAGGGAAGUUUCUUAGUGAGACCGACGUUUAUCUCUACCCAACUGGCAUGGCUGCUAUAUUUAAUGCCCAUCAAGCUGUGCUUGCUGUGGAAGAGACUGCAAAGAAGUCGGUGUGCUUUGGGUUUCCAUACGUGGACACGCUUAACAUCUUGAGGAAAUUUGGACCUGGCUGUCACUUCCUUGGCCUCGGUGACGACAAGUCAUUAGAUUCGCUCGAGGCUGAUUUAGAGGCUAAAAAUGUUGAGGUUUCGGCCUUAUUUUGUGAGUGUCCAUCGAACCCUUUGCUUAAAACGCCGGAUUUGAAGCGUAUUAGAGCUCUCGCUGACAAGUAUAACUUUUACGUUGUUGUGGAUGAGACAGUGGGCAAUUUUUUGAACAUUUCCGUGUUGCCUUAUUCUGAUAUGGUGGUUUCUUCACUCACAAAGGUGUUUUCAGGUGAUUCAAAUGUCAUGGGUGGAUCCCUCAUCUUGAAUCCGUUGUCUACAAGCUACAAGAAACUCAAGGCAUAUUUCAACAACAAUUAUGAAGAUCUUUAUUGGGCUGAAGACGCGCUUUACCUCGAAAGAAAUUCAAGGGACUUCGAGUCGAGAGCACGCAUGAUUGAUCGCAACGCUGAAGAGGUUAUCAAAUUACUACAGGAAAGUGAAAUAAUCUCUCAGAUAUAUUAUCCAAGCUUAUCUCCAACCAAGCAUCACUACGAUGCGGUCAAAACACCUAACGGAGGUUACGGCGGGUUGAUAUCGAUGUUGUUCAAAGAGCCAAAGCAUGCAAUCACUUUCUUUAAUGCCGUCAACUUGCACAAGGGACCCUCCUUAGGAACGAACUUUACAUUGGCAUGUCCAUAUUCCAUCUUGGCUCACUACCAGGAACUCGACGAGAUAGAAACUUGGGGCGUCGACAGGAAUUUGGUACGAAUCAGCAUAGGUAUCGAGGAUAAAGACGAACUACUCGAGGUGUUGAGAAGCAGCUUGGAGGUUGCAAGAAAAGCAUAG